UGCCGCUGCCGCCGCGGAGCCGCCAGGAACUGCCCCGGGUUUUCCUGCCCGUCCCGUCCCGUCUCGGCUCAGCGCGGGGCCGGGCGCGGCGGGGCGCAGCCCGGGGACCCCGGCCCGGUAUCGGUUCUGCUUUCGAGGGAGGUGGCGAUUUCGCAGUAACGGGGGGCGGGUGCCACCUGCCCCGGGGAUUCCCCACCUGCCGCCACCCCAUAAGAGCCCGGUGGCGGCGCCGGUGGCAGCACCGACCGGCCAUGGACCCGCUCCGACGCCUCUGCCUCUGCCUCUGCCUCCCGCUGCUGCUGCCGCCGCCCGCGGCCCCGGCCUCGGUCGCAGUCCCGAUCCCCGGCCCCAACUGGGCCGCCUGCAAGAGCCUCUCUCGGGAGCUGUCGCGACUGGUGGCGACCCUCAAAGAGCCGCACGUGGUCCUGGAGGAGACGCACCUGAGCGAGGAGGACCCCAAGAACUGGCCCCCCCGGAUCCGCUGCAGCGACGCCUGCGACCCCUCCACGCUGGACACCAACAACACGCGCUGCCUGCACCGCAUCCUCCAGGGGCUGCAGCACUACCGGGACCUGCUGAGCUCCGACAUCUUCACCGCCCGCCGCCUGCCCCGGCUGGAGGCCGCGCUGGACCAGCUGCUGAGGCUGGUGCAGAAGGAGCCCGCCCGCCCGCCCCGGCGCCCCAUGGCCCCCAGCGAGACCUGGGCUCAGCCGCUGCUGCAGCGCCUGGCGCUCCAGCGGCUCCAGUCCUUCAGCACCAUCAUGAGCCGCGUCUUCACCCACAGCGCCGGCCCCCGCUGAGGCCGCGCCCCCCCCGACUAUUUAUUCCCCUCUAGAGGGGGUUAUUUAUGUGUUGUUCGACGCUAUUUAUCGCGGGUAUUUAUGGGUUGCGAAUAAAGGGCUGAAGGAGA